AUGAUUUUCUCAGAUACUCCAACAAUAACAAGAAGACAAGACAAAUAUAAUAUAGCAUUAGAUUCGAUUUUAAGUUCAACAGCCGAUGAAUAUUUAUUUGAAAACAGUGAUAAUAUUUUGUCUACUAAUGAUGCUGAUACAGGAGAAAUUCCUGAAUUUCUGUGCAAUGUAUUUCAUAGUGAAUUUUACAAUGAAAGAUUACCUAAUGCUACUGAACUUUCAGUGAUGCUACUUUUUACUUGGAAAAGACAUUGUCUUAAUAAAGCAAUAGCAAAAGAUAUUUGUCGAAUAUUAAACAGAUUUGAUAUACCAAACAUGCCUAAAGGUUUUCGUGAAGUGAUGCCUUGUUUAAAAACAAAAAUCCUACUUUACUUGACGGCGAUUAUACAUUUAUUUGUCCAUCAUGUGGGUUAUACGGCAAAAGAUCCAUCGAAAGAUAGAGCAUGUGGACAUGCAAGUCUUUGUGUACUAAGUGAACUAACUCAUUUUGAGAUGGAAAGAAUUUCUGUGAAUAAAGAAGUUCGAUAA